CGUGAGCAUGGGGAAGCAAAAGAAAACAAGGAAGUAUGCAAUCAUGAAGCGAAUGCUUAGUCUCAGGGAUCAGAGGCUUAAAGAAAAGGACAGAUUGAAACCUAAAAAGAAAGAAAAGAAAGAUCCCAGCACAUUAAAGGAAAGAGAAGUCCCCCAGCACACUUCCUGCUUAUUCUUCCAAUAUAAUACAUAGCUGGGCCCACCUUACCACAUCUUGGUUGAUACCAACUUUAUCAACUUUUCCAUUAAAGCCAAACUGAACUUAGUGCAGUCAAUGAUGGACUGUCUGUAUGCCAAGUGCAUUCCUUAUAUAACUGACUGUGUAAUGGCUGAAAUUGAGAAAUUGGGGCAGAAGUAUCGAGUGGCCCUCAGGAUUGCCAAGGAUCCAAGAUUUGAACAAUUACCAUGCACACACAAAGGAACCUAUGCAGAUGACUGCUUAGUACAGAGAGUAACUCAGCACAAGUGUUACAUUGUGGCCACAGUUGACCAAGACCUUAAACGAAGAAUCCGAAAAAUCCCUGGAGUUCCCAUCAUGUAUAUUUCUAACCACAGAUACAAUAUUGAACGGAUGCCAGAUGAUUAUAGAGCCCCUCGGUUCUAA